CACUUUUGAUAAUCGAAACAUUCAUCUACGCCCACCAUCUCGUAUUGCGUGACCCGCCAAAGUUUUCACUAGGUACCUACCCGUUCGCGCGCAGUUAUGGAUGCUAUUAAAUUUCCGCCGAGACCCUCCGCAGCCACACCCACAAUCUCGGCCCUACAAGCUAAGCUUGUCAAUCAAAUCGACCAGGGAGACACAUAUAUUGAGCUGUACGCCACAGUCGUGGAGAUGGGUGAGGAGCUCGAAAGCCAGGACGUGGUUAACGCGCAUGAUAUGAUCACGGCGCUCAGGGAGGAUAAGGGAAGACAGAUGACCGUUCUCCUGCACACAAUUCCCAGACCUGUCCUACGCUCGAUAGUAAUGCGCAUGGUCGCCUACGACUUCUGGGAGAGAGACUCGGACAACCGCACGCUCUUGUACGACAAGGAGGGACCCGGCGCAUACAUUGUCACCCUCUCGAUCGUCGACCGUCGCGGCCACACUUGGUCUGUCAACGAGAAUAAGGAGUUGAUUAACCUCGUCGAAACGUACGCGCGCGCCAUCGAGACGUAUGAGAAACACUGUGAUACAUACGGUCACAGCCAGCUAUGCGUUGACGAACUAGCCGCCAUGCAAGUUGCGGCUAAUAUUGACAAGCAGUAUGAGAAACUUGACUUCUCGUCGCCCCCAGAUAGCCCAACUUCUAGCGUCGAGUACAGAAGCAAUUCGGAUGUCUCAGGCAUUCCGGACUGGUGGUCGAUGCCGAGAUUCGUGAGCAGCAGCGAGACGAACAAGUCAUGGUCCGUACGCCAUUUGGUCUCUAUGCUGCGCAAGCGCAACAUCGCCGGCGUAGACCAGAACGAGCCGUCUAAGCAGAGCGUCUGCAUGGUAGGGAGCGCGGACGACUUCGAGAAACACAUACAGAAAUACCGCCUCAUCUCGGCCCUAAGGAACACCACGCACUGCUGGGGUCUUCUGGUUUCGUGCCUCAAGUACGCGAAUUUAGAGCCUCAGGAGACUAUCAUCCCUGUAUGCAAGGCGUGGAAGAUCGAGCACAUAAACAUGGCAGAGAUACUCGUGACCGUCCUGGCAGGGUCUCUUAUAUCCGUGGGCGGUUUGGAUAUAAAACAGCCCGGGACUAAGUCCGAGAAGAAUCCGCCUAGCGACAGGGUCUUCGAGAGUUGUCGCCGUCAUGUCUGUGGCGCAAAGCCUUGGUUUGAGGAGAACAUGGCUCAUAGCAAUCCACCUAUGAAGAGGCUCAUAGACGCCGAACGAGAGCUGGAGAGCAUGGACCAUAAUGCACUUCAAGAGAGCGUAGCCGAAGUUAAACGGCUAGACCAAGAGCUAACAGAGAAGCUCGCCAAGCUAGAGGCUAUUGAAAAGCACCAGGAGGAGGAUCAGAAGGUACUAGGUGAGGCAGAAGAAAUUGUCCGGUUCUGUACCGAUAAUCCUGAUGUUAUCGAUGCCCUAUCCUUUUUCUCUUAA